CGGAUGACGAGGCAUCUAGAUUCCACUGGUUGAUGUUACACGGUUGGAAGCUCUUCAACCAGCCGCGCAACCAGAGCGAGGCUGAGCUCCAGCAAGACUGCUUGCGUCAGCGCAACCAGCACCUCUACGCGCAGUUCGACUGCUACGGUCUCCUUCCAUACGUUAUUUCCCUUUUUUUGAGAGAAUUAACGAGCGACGAAGCGGUGGCACGUGUGGCGGAGACGUUGCAGAGCUACUCUGUGAGCGUGAACGCGAGCCUCAAUAACACGGUACCGCACUUGGAUGCUUUUGCAUUAGUGCAUUCGUUUCGCACGAUGUUCUGGCAGCAAGUUGCUGCUUUCCGUGUGCGUAAUGGCCCGGUAAAGGCCGAAGCGUUGCUCCGGAAGGCAAAUGAGGCCCAGGCGGCAAAGAAGGCGCACAGGGCGUUGGUGCUCUACACUGAGGCGCUCCAUUGGGACCGCACGCCGCAUAUUUUAGCAAACCGUGCUGCCGUAUUCACCUCCAUGCGUGACUACAAGUCCGCGAUCGAUGACCUAGUGGAGGCCACCGCGCUCAACCCCGCGCACGUUGUCGCCUGGAGCCGAUUGGGGUACGUGUACCUCGUCACAGGCGACUCUGUCAAUGCCGUCACCGCGUACGUGAGUGCACUCCAGGCGUACGACUGCGUCUUGCUUCCGCUCGACGUUGCGGCACGGGGGUCUACCGUGCUCGCCGCCCACCGGAUUGCGGUCCAAAAGGGGAUGUUACCACAGUACAUCCACCGUGUGCUUGAUGCUUUGUGUGUAGCAGAGGACCGAGCCACUCAACAAGGCCACGAUACUGCGGAAAUUACUCUGGCAGUGGCGGAGCUUCGCGCCCGGCUCCGCCCGUCGGCCAACAGCGAUGAAAGGGUGUCGCGUCUCAACCACAGGGCCCCUGUGACCUCGGAUACGCCCGCCGUUGGCACGCCAGAUUCUACAUGGGCUGAUACCGAACCACAGGAUGACGAGGAUAUGAUUGCAAUCGAUGUUGGCGUCGCGCCAGAAGCCUGGGGCGAGACGGGUCCGUUCUCCACGUUCACAACCACGACUGCGAACACCGGGCUGGGUCAGGACUUGGGGAUGUUGAUCCUGAACGCGAUUACCAACGCCCAGGCGCAGUUUGGGAUGAUGCAGGGUGGCAUUCCUGCCACGAGAAGCGCCAACACCACACCGGCGGUCAUGGUGUCUGGUGCCGCUGGCCCUAUCACCAUGACAGUUCCAGCAGCUCCACCAGUCACCACACAUGCCUCUGCUGUUUCUACUCCAACCACUGUUACGUCUACCAGCGUUGCCCCUGCCCCUGCCCCUCCAGCUCCCAGAACUAUCGCUCCAAAUUUUGGUGGUAUGCCCGAACACGUGUUUAAUAAUCUUCCGGAACACGUGCGGACCCACCUCCAGAAUGCGACGGCUGCGAUGAACAAUAUUCGAAACAUCGGUCAAAAUGUGACCCAAACAUGGACGACCCACAGCAAUGCCAACAGAGCUGCUCAAAACCCAACGCCAGUGGGUAACCCAGCUCCCGCUCAAGUAUCAGUGCCAAACCCUGCUCCACCCCCUGUGCCAGCUUCUGCUCCGAUGAUUCAGACCCCUCCUAACCCACACGGAGACGCGGAAGGCGAUCCGGAUCUUGAUUUAGACUAAUUACCUAGCACGAUAUUACAGACAUAAUCGAUUGACAUCAAGC